CAACUUUUUUUAAGCUCAUAUAUAGGUGAAAUAAAUAAUGGAUUUUGAAGUGGAUUUGCCGGGCAAUGACAUUGACGAUAUUGAGGAUCUGAUCUCCGCCGACGAUGUCAAGCCGCGUGAACGUUAUGAGAAUAAAAAGAACGUCACUGUGCGCGCCAAACGGCGCCAGCAGAUUAAGCCGACGGUAAGUGAAGCUGCUGACACAGAGCCGCAACCACAGAAGAAAAUACACGAAAGUGUUAUACCAGGCACACAAAAGGUAUACGUGAAGACAUGGGGCUGUGCACACAACAAUUCCGACUCGGAGUAUAUGGCUGGACAGCUGGCGGCUUUUGGCUAUAAGUUGAGCGGAAAGGAGGAGGCCGAUUUGUGGCUGCUAAACAGCUGCACUGUAAAGAAUCCAUCGGAGGACACGUUUCGGAAUGAAAUAGAGUCGGGCAUGCGCAUUGGUAAACAUGUGGUGGUUGCCGGCUGUGUUCCACAAGGUGCACCCAGAUCGGAAUAUCUGCGUGGCUUGUCAGUUAUAGGCACAACACAAAUCGAUCGUGUGGUGGAGGUGGUUGAAGAAACGCUCAAGGGUCACAGCGUUCGGCUGCUGCAAAACAGAAAGGUGAACGGAAAACGUGUAGCUGGCGCACCGCUUGCGCUGCCCAAGGUGCGCAAAAAUCCACUAAUUGAGAUAAUCUCGAUCAACAGUGGUUGCCUUAACCAAUGCACAUAUUGCAAGACCAAGCAUGCUCGUGGCGAUUUGGCGAGCUAUGCGCCUGCGGAAAUUGUAGCGCGUGCACGUCAAUCUUUUGAUGAGGGCUGCUGUGAAAUUUGGCUCACUUCAGAGGACACGGGUGCUUAUGGACGUGAUAUAGGCAGCUCGCUGCCUGAACUUCUCUGGCAGCUGGUAGAGGUUAUACCAGAGAACUGCAUGCUGCGCGUGGGCAUGACCAAUCCCCCAUAUAUACUAGAACAUCUGGAGGAGGUGGCCAAGGUGCUGCAGCAUCCACGUGUCUAUGCCUUUUUGCAUGUGCCCGUGCAGAGCGGCAGUGACUCUGUGCUGGCGGACAUGAAACGCGAGUAUUGCCGCAAGGACUUUGAGCAUGUGGUGGAGUUUCUUCGUGCCCGCGUUCCCGGUCUAACUAUUGCCACGGACAUUAUAUGCGGCUUUCCCACGGAGACGGAAGACGACUUUGAGCAGACAAUAACGCUGUGCGAAAAAUAUCACUUUCCCAGCUUAUUUAUAAAUCAAUUCUUCCCACGUCCCAACACGCCAGCAGCCAAAAUGACGCGCAUACCCGCCAAUCUGGUAAAGCAGCGCACCAAGCGUCUAACGGAACUCUUCUACAGCUACGAGCCCUAUGCUGAGCGUGUGGGUCAGCUCUACACGGUUCUGGUAACAGAAAUCUCGCACGACAAGCUGCACUAUGUGGGUCACAACAAAAGCUACGAGCAAGUGUUGCUCCCCAUGCGAGACAAUCUUCUGGGCACACGUGUUCGCGUGCGUAUCACAAGCGUGAGCAAGUUCAGCAUGUUAGGCGAGCUGCUGGAUGAUGAACAGGAGUGGACACGCUGCGCCAACAGCAAACCUUUGCAGCAGUCGCCCAAGGCGCAGCUUACACAACGCUAUGUGGGUCUGGCGCUUUUAAUAGUCAGUCUCGCCUAUUUGCUGCAGCUAUUGUUACGUUACUUAUACAGAUAAAUAACUAAUAAACACACAUGACACAUGAAUUUGUCAAUUGAU